CGAAGACUCGCCCGUUUGUCGCUUUUUACAGGGGUGAGGCCGAAGGCGGCUGCUGCUUCUCAGCUUCUUCUCUUCUCUUUCCUCUCUCUCUCCCUCUCUGUCUUUGUUCAUCUUGACAAUAUUCGAGCUUUCUUUUCAUGGCUAUUUGAUUGCUGGAGAGAGAAGUAGAGACAGGAACAGAGAACCUUGGUUUGAGACCCAGAUGGGCAACUGCUUGGACGCUUCUGCGAGAGUUGUGAAUGCUCAGAGCUCUCAAAAUGCUUUCGACGCAUCAAAAGCCAGCAGCAAAACAGUUUCAGUGCUUUCCAAUCUAACAGUGUCAUCAUACAGUGGAAAGAGCACCAACGAGAACCUCCCUACUCCACGAACUGAGUUUGAGAUAUUAUCAUCCCCAUAUUUGAAGGCCCUAUCCUUCAAUGAGCUAAAAAAUGCCACAAGAAACUUCCGUCCAGAGAGUCUUCUUGGAGAAGGAGGAUUUGGCUAUGUUUUUAAAGGAUGGAUAGAUGAGCAAACUCUUGCUGCUGCAAGGCCCGGAUCUGGCAUGGUCAUUGCUGUCAAGAAACUUAAACCAGAGGGUUUCCAAGGUCACAAAGAGUGGUUGACGGAGGUUAACUAUCUUGGCCAACUUCACCAUCCAAAUCUGGUUAAGCUCAUUGGAUACUGUUCGGAGGGAGACAACCGUCUUUUGGUUUAUGAAUUCAUGCCAAAAGGCAGUUUGGAGAAUCACCUCUUUAGAAGAGGUGCUCAGCCACUUUCUUGGGCAAUAAGGAUGAAGGUUGCCAUAGGUGCUGCUAGAGGACUCGCGUUUCUACAUGAUGCCGAUUCCCAAGUCAUCUACCGUGAUUUUAAGGCUUCGAAUAUCCUUCUUGACUCGGAGUUUAAUCCAAAGCUUUCAGACUUUGGCUUGGCAAAAGAUGGCCCAACUGGGGACAGGACCCAUGUCUCCACGCAAGUUAUGGGUACUCAUGGCUAUGCAGCUCCUGAAUACAUCGCCACAGGUCGACUUUCUGCAAAGAGUGAUGUUUACAGCUUUGGUGUCGUGUUGUUGGAGCUGCUAUCCGGACGCCGCUCCUUGGACAAAACCAAAGUAGGCAUAGAACAGAAUCUAGUUGAUUGGGCAAAGCCGCAUUUGGGUGACAAGCGGAAGCUAUUCCGAAUCAUGGACACCAAGUUGGAGGGCCAAUAUCCACAGAAAGCAGCCUAUACGGCCGCCGGCAUCACUUUACAGUGCCUCAGCUCCGAAGCAAAAGCUCGGCCACGCAUGGCUGAGGUGUUGGCAACACUUGAACAGCUUCAAACCACAAAGAACGUGUCCAAACACUCCCAAACAGCACAGCAAGCAGCUUCUAGUCCUAUCCGGAAGUUGCCAAUGAGACACAUCCCUUCGCCACUGAAUCUGACACCCGGUGGCUCCCCAUUGCCAUCCUACCGACAAUCACCACGGGUACGGUAACAAGUGGAUGGAUCGGAUCUGGUAUUUCCUUGUAUAUUUGGUAGGAAAUUUGAAUCAUAUUCUUCCUCGUGCUGGUUUGAUAGCUGUGUUUUGACAGUGUAGGGUGUUGGCAUUGUCCACAAUGCACCAUGCCGGCUUAUAAUAUGUCUUGCUGAAUA